AUGAACUUUACUUUUAUGCAGGUUGAUGAGGUUAAUCAGCUAUCUGAUCUAACCUGGAGGAAGAAACAAGCCUCAAACUCUCCAAUUGCUAUACUUGACUUGGAGAAUUACUGCCCCAAACCUAUCCUUACAUACAAUUAUGUCAUCUACGAUGGCUCAACAACCUUUGGUGGGUUCUCUGAUAAGGUCGUCGUCGACCAUCACUAUGUGCUUCGUUUCCCCGACAACCUACCUCUUAAUGCAGCUUCACCAUUGCUUUGUGUUGGGAUUACUGUUUAUAGUCCCAUGAAGUAUUUUGGCUUCAGUGAACCAGGAAAGCACCGGGGUGUGGUUGGCCUUGGUGGGCUUGGUCAUAUGGCCAUCAAGUUUGGUAAGGCUUUUAGACUUAAUGUUUUGGUGAUCAGCCCGUCGACUAGUAAGGAGAAGGAAGCGCUUGAGCGACUAGGUGCCGACUCCUUCUUGGUUAGCCGUGACCUUGAUCAAAUGCAGGCCGCAAUGGGUACUAUCACGCCCCGUUCACAUAGAACUGGACAGGUGACUGGGUUUCCUCUGGGUAACCCAAAAUCACCAGGAUCAUCAAACACAAUAAUCACAGCACAACAAGCCACACAUGAUCAAUGGAAUAUAAUUAUGUAA